GAAUAGUAGAGUUUAAGAGCGACGACACUCUAGGAGAAACUCUGGGAUUCGAUUGGAACCAGCUAACCAACCUGUUUCAUAAAACUUUCAGGUCGGGGUAUUUGGAUAAGUACCAAAGAUCCCUGACUUGGCAGUGCAUUACCCGUUCGAGAUAAAUUGUCUAGACACGGCAUUCCAGUGUCACUGAUAUGCCCAAGGUCUGGGCAUGAUGAGGAAACCGUCCUGCACGCCUUUGUACAGCGUCCGGAGAUUUCCAGUGUGAUGGCACUCCGCCGCUUACGACGUCGAGGGUUCCAGUUGAUCCGAUCAACGGAACAGCCUGCUCGUGAAAUUAACGUGCAAGUGGCUGAGCACUCCACAGACACGUGUACCCUUAACGUAGUUCUCGGGGAUAUUCAGCGUGACAAAGUGUGACAAGGCUGACCCUUUGAAUUACAGGCACAACAGAAACAGGAAGUAAGAGUGAGAGAAAGUUGUGGUGGAAGAGUACAGCAGGGUUCACCACCAUCCCUUGCCGGAGCCUCGUGGAGCUUUUAGGUGUUUUUGCUCAAUAAACACUCAAAACGCCCUGUCUGGGAAUCGAAACCGCGAGUCCGCUGCCCUAACCACUGGGCCAUUGCGCCUCCACUUGGAAGUUUCCACUUCUGAUAAUUUACGUCGAACACGUGUUGUCGCAUCUGAGAAGAGUACGGCUAUCAGCUGAGUCUGUGAUAAAGAAUGUACCGCCAGCCAGACUUUCAAAGGAAGAAUAAAAUUUUUUAUUUAUUUGAUCCCAAAUUGCUGGAUGACAUCAACACUUGUAACUUUGUUGGGAAAAUCACACUGGAAAGUUUAGGAAGCCAUUUUAAAGUGAGGCCAUUAUGUUUAUCUGAUUAUGAAAAGGGUUAUUUGAAGUUGUUAUCCGAGUUGACUAAAGUUGGAGAUGUUUCGUAUGAGCAAUUCGAAGCUCGAUUUAAUUCCAUGAAGUCUUCUUGUGACACAUAUUACAUAGUUGUGAUAGAAGAUACGAGAACGGAGUUAAUAAUUGGCAGUGCUACACUUGUUAUUGAACAGAAAUUUAUUCACAAUACCUCAAGUCGUGGAAGAAUAGAAGAUGUAGUUAUUAAAAAUGAAUACCGGGGGCAACAAUUAGGAAAAUUGUUGAUUGAUAUCUUAAUUGAAAGAAGUCAAAAGCUGGGUUGCUAUAAGAUCUCCUUAGAAUGUAAAAUGGAAAUGAUACCUUUCUACAAUAAGUUUGGUCUUAAAAGAGAAGAGAACAAUAAUUAUUUAGUACUGCGGUUCAGGGACUAAUUUACUAAACUUUUAAACAUAUCAAAUUAGAAUCUCAAAAUUUUAAGUAAAUAUUGAUGAAGCUUUUGCAGGAUGUUUAAAGAAAUCAAUUUAUAUUGAAAUAACCAUUCAGCUAACCAUUUUCUCUUGCAUCUCCAAUUGCCAAUUGAGAUAUACUUAACUACAGAAAUAUAGGGAAAAUAAUGGCAUCACCCACAUUACAGAAUUCUGUGUUCCUCAACAUUUUGCUGUCAUGUGAAAUUCUGUGAAAUCUAUUUUACUAUUAACCUUUCAAAUACCAACCUGCCCCAAAGCACUCCUGAUUUUUUAAUCCAAACUUCAUGUCUUAAAGUGAUCUAAAUGAAAAUCUUUCAUUAAGAUUUCAUGUUAAUUUAUGUUCCAAAUACCAGCUUAAUAUAGACAAAGUUAUUUUAAUAAAUUUUUCAUAAUUUUCUGAAUUAAUUGAAACAAAAUAUAUUUCAAAAGGAAUAUGGUAACAAAAGGGUUCGUAUCCAUGAGAUGGGUUCUGACUGAAUUUUCAUAGAAAAAAAGUAAGAACAAGGAAUAUGACCACUUUUAUGCAUGUAUAUAUUAAUUGUUAACCACACACACACUCUUUACAGUAUGUAUAUAAAUAGUGCAGGAAAUAAUAAAACUACCAUAAUAUCAUAGUACAGUGUGUGCAGAUUACAAAUAAUAUUAAUAACUGUGUAAUGGGAGAAGGUUCAGUGAGAGUUAAUUGAAGGGAGAGGGGCACUAUCUUCAUCAACAGCAGUAUCUGCAGCAGGAGUAAGAUAACUUAUACAUUGUCGUUACUCAUUUACAAUGUAGCAUCUCUUUGUACACUGCAGUGUAGGAACUGAACUCAUUAUGAACACCUCUUGUAUAUUUCUCUUCAAUUCUUUUUAUGCAUAGAGACUGUAUUAUGUUGAUAUAAAUUUUUUUUUAAUUAACCGUUUAGCAUUUAAACCAGCCAUACUUGGCGCUAUUCUACCUGUUUUAUGUUCAAACUUGCUAUAUCCAGCCUCUCAAACCUACCUUACAAUGUUAUUCUGAAAAUAAACAAUCACAUCAUUGAAAUCUCAAAGCCACAAAAUAAAGCAGAAUUACUUCGAAACAACAUGAAUAAAUAAGCAUUAUGUUUGACAGUAAUCUGAAUACUAAAGUUGUUAAUAUAUUCUCACAUCAAAAUAGGUGUAUUCCUUGUUUUUUCCCCUUAUUUUCAUAUUCCAUAAAAACACAUCUCAAUUUAUAACUUUGAAAUUAAUGAUAAACAGGUAUUGCACCACAGAAUUUUUCAUCACAGCAAGAUUUUUUGAAACAUGGAAUUUGUAAUGUAGUAGAUGCAUAUGUUUUCUCUGUUUCACAAUUGCAGACACCAGAUAAUAAAAAAAAAAAUUUUUUAAUAAAAAAAAUAGGUUGCGGAAUAGCUUUUCAAUGUCAAUUGAUUUAUUUAAACUCCUCGCUGGAAAUUCUUUAAUAUUUUCUCAAAAUGUUGUUUCAAAAUUCUUCUCUGAUAAUAUGCCUUUGUCGGUUGGUUGGAGCAAUGAAGUUGCGUCCUUGGGAAUAUAGUUCAUUUUCACAUUGGAGAUAUUAUUUAUAUUCAGUGGGUGGCUUGGUGCAUGAAAUUAUAAUGGAGAAAGAAAGAAUUAAAAAUGUAUCUAUACCACCAUGUAA